AUCUCCCGCCCCAUCCGCUGUUCUUUUUAAACCAAGGCGGGACACUUGGCUUCGUUCACUUUGGUCAGUGUAGCUUGUGUUGAAACAUCAUUUGACUUUACAGCUCGCUACCAAUAUGGUGAGGACUAAAGCCGACAGCGUCCCCGGAUCGUACAGGAAAGCUGUUGCAGCUGCUGCACCCCGGAAGUCUCUGGGCUCCAGUUCGGCCAACUCCUCCUCCUCCUCCUCCUCGUCCGGCAGCCAGGUGUCCACACCUGCAAAGGGCAAAUACGCCGGUGGUAACCCGGUGUGUCCCCGUCCCACGCCGACCUGGCAGAAGGGCAUCGGAGACUUCUUCGGUGGUCCCCCGAGAAAGCCCGAGAAGGAGAACCAGAGGCCCCGGGAGGUUGAGGAUGAUGAAGAGGCCGGAGGCAGCGGGAUGUCAAAGGCCAGCAGGAAGUCCAGACCGCUGCCUGCCGAGGAGGAGGAGGAGGACGACGACUGAGGAAGACUGAAUCGGUCUGGCUGUCGGUCCCGCUGGCUGCCUCCACACCUGCUUAGUGGCGUUUGAAUCUGUAAAUCUGUAUAUAAUUUCUGCUGAAUUCAAUUUGUAUAGUUCAUUAAACUUUUUAUGUUUUUAACCUGCA